GUACACACCAUUCUUGUCUCCUCCCAAAGCUUCAUCUCUCUCUUUAUCCCUACUACUAUACUUAUUAAAAAAGAUAAAAAAAAAAAAAAGAAAAUUACGCCUCGUUCUUCUCCCUCUGUCUCUCUCUCUCUUCUCUCUUCUGAGCUUUUUUUGGCUCUAGCUUUCUUCCUCCCAUGGCAACUAUCUCUCAAGUCAUUAUCUAACUUUUUUUAUUACUUUUUUUUUUCUAUACUUAUUAUGGAUAUUGGUGUUCAUAUUCUUGGGUCGGUUACUAGUAAUGAAACACCGGGUGGUCAAAAACAAGAACUCAGAGUAGGUACUAAACAAGACAGAUCCGGAUUCAACGGUGAUGAUUACUACUUGCAACGAACCUUGAAGCUAGCUCGAACUACAGCAGCAACUAGAGAGGAAGAAGAAGAUAACUUGUCUUCUUCUUCAUCUUUUGCAGCUGCUUCUUACUGCAAAACGAUGCCGUUUCACCAAGGCAUUCCUCUGUUGAGAUCUAACUCUCCUCUUGAUUCUCGCCGGCAAGAACAAAUGCUUAGCUUCUCAGACAAACCAGAAGCUCUUGAUUUCACUAAAUAUGUCGGUUUGGAUAAUAACUGUAAUAACAAGAGCUCUCUCUCCCCGUUUCUUCACCAUAUUCCUCCACCUUCUUACUUUAGAAACUCAGGAGGAGGAUAUGGUUCUGGUGGUAUGAUGAUGAACAUGAUGAGCAUGCAAGGGAACUUCACAAGUGUUAAAGGUCCUUUUACAUUGACUCAAUGGGCUGAGUUAGAGCAACAAGCCUUGAUCUAUAAGUAUAUCACUGCCAAUGUCCCUGUUCCUAGUAGUCUCCUCAUCUCUCUCAAGAAGUCUUUUUAUCCUUUUGGAUCUUUGCCUCCUAGCUCUUUCGGAUGGGGAAGUUUCCAUCUAGGUUUCGCAGGAGGGAACAUGGAUCCAGAGCCAGGGAGAUGCCGUAGAACAGAUGGGAAGAAAUGGCGGUGCUCAAGAGACGCUGUUCCUGAUCAGAAAUACUGUGAAAGACACAUCAACAGAGGCCGUCAUCGUUCAAGAAAGCCUGUGGAAGUCCAAUCUGGCCAAACCGCCACUGCCGCAACCAAAGCGGUUACAACAACACCGCAACAGCCUGUGGUCACUGGUAAUAGUAACAACAGGCGUGCAUCAAAUAGUAACCGCAGCCUCGCCAUUGGAGGUGGUCAAUAUAUCAAUCCUUCUACAGAGUCUCUACCUAACAACAACAGAGUUCGAAAUCCGCAAAUAUAUCCUUCCACCGUCAACUUACAACCCAAGGAAUCUCCUGUUAUUCAUCAGAAACAUAGAAACAACAACAACAACAACAACCCUUUUGAGUUUGGACACAUAUCCUCUGAUUCACUACUCAACCCUAAUGCGAAUACGUCAAAGACCUAUGGAUCAUCGUUCUUGGAUUUCAGCAGCAACCAAGACAAGUAUUCAGGGAAUCAUAAUCACAACUCUUGGCCUGAAGAGCUGAAAUCAGAUUGGACACAGCUUUCAAUGUCAAUUCCAAUAGCAUCAACAUCUCCUUCCUUCUCACACAACAACAACAACAACAACAACAAUGCUCAAGACAAAACCACACUCUCGCCUCUCAGGCUAUCUCGCGAGAUUGAUCUUUCGAUCCAAACCGAGGAAACAACGAUCGAGCCUGCUGCUAAAAAGGUGAAUACUUGGAUACCAAUCUCAUGGGGAAACUCAUUAGGAGGUCCUCUAGGUGAAGUACUAAACAGCACAACGAAUAGUCCAACACUUGGAUCUUCUCCUACAGGGGUUUUGCAAAAGUCCACGUUUUGUUCACUUUCUAACAACAGCUCCGUGAGCAGCCCCAUCGCUGAGAACAACAACAGAAACAAUGGCGACUACUUUCAUUACACAACAACCUGAUAACUCAAAACUAGUCUUGAUGCGGCAACAAACAAAACAAAAAAAAAAAGCUCUGUUUUUUUAUUUUCUCUUUCUUUAUAUGUUCUGUUGUAUCUUUUGUAAGAGGAAAUUAGAAAAUCGUUGUACUUCUGAUUCUUUCUU